UGGUAUUUGCCAGACACUCUCAGCCCAAAAAGAAGGGCCAACAUAUGGAACCACCUUCAUCUUCUGAGGGAACCACUGUGGGAGAGCAUAAAGGCUUCCCCACAGGCAUGGCAGAUGGACAAGUCAUAUUUCCACAAUAAUGCUGAGUUGAAAGGUGCCAUCAACCUGUCACCUGCAUGGUUUCAACAGGGUCAUGGGGUGGGUGAUCUGCCCUCACUUCACUCCACCCUUGCCUCAGCAGACUUCAUUCUUGCCAACAUUCUGCCAACCUCAUCCAGCAUCAGAGAUGGGAAGCUCAAGGGCACUCUGACUGAGCUUUACAAGAUGAUUCCCAUGGAUUUACAUGAGUCAAUGGUAACCUACAAGCAAUUUGGCUCCAUGGAGAGAUCCAAUGUCCUCAAAGCUAUCAAGGACUGUGCUGGCAUGUUAUUCACUCCAUAUAACAUUUCACUGGAUCUCUUUACUGGAAAGCCUGCUUGUAAGAAGGACAACAAGGCAUGCCUGGCACUCUUGAAGAAGGAUGGAGUUGGAGAAUACACCUGUUUUGCACCCAUUCUUUUUGCAGAUCCUAAGCAGAUGAUUACUGGAGGCUUCUUGAAGAUUCCCAUCCUAGUUAAGGUUAUCUGUGUCCUGAUGUUUGGAAAAUUGAUCCUCACAGAAAACAAAUGUGGACAGCCCCCAGCCAGGGGUCAGAAGAUGGGUGUGCUGAGCAUUACUGAGGGCCUGAUUGCUGGUGCCUGCAUCUUGGUUCAAUUCCUAUUGUCACAUGAUCCUGAAUUAAGUGCUACCAAAUACAAUUUCUACCUCAAGAAGCUUUUCAAAGCAUCUCCUUGGGCUGUCAGCAUGAUGAAUUUCUUCAACCAGGAAGUCUUUGGGAAGGGGUCUCAAUUGGUGAAUGUCAAAUCUGAGGUAUUUGCUAACAUGGAGCAGCUGCAUACUUGGGAAGACAAAUUUUUAGACAAACUCAACAACAUUGACCCUGCUGAGAGUCACACCCCACCUGUGUCCACACUGCAUGACCCCAAUGCCCCUGGCAGCUGUGAUUCAGAUCUAUGUGACUCUGAUCUGUCAUUGGUCUCUCAUGCUCCAUCACCUGUUGCUAGCUUGGUCACUCAUUUCAAUCCCCCUCACUCUCAUCCAGCUAGUGUCACUGCUGCACAAGCUGAUCUUGGUGCUCAAACUAUUUCUGGUGCUUCUCAUCAAUCAUCCCCUUCUAUCUCAAUUGGGCAGCUGAUUUCAAACAGUGGUGUUGAGGUGUCAGUGGUGACCAUUGCUGUUGGUCAGAUGAAUGUGUCUGGCCCAGCUGAGGCUGAAACAUCUCAAUCCUGA